AUGCAGAGUAGUAUGCACACUUCGAGGGCGAGUCUGGUAGAGUUGGCCGCGUCAAUAGAGGCGGAUCUUGAGUGGGCCAGUUGGUCGGUGGCUAUGCCAUCUCCUCCUGCUACCCAGCCUCGGAGUCAGCAGCAGCAGCAGCAGCAGCGCAGAGGUGGUUCGAGUUUCAGUUCUGGUUCUGGCAGGGGCGGUUUGCCUGCGCAGGGUCAGAAGAGGAGUAGAGAGGAGUUUUCUGGUGCUAGUCAGUUUCCUCGUGGUUCGUGUUUUGGGUGUGGGAGCACGGAGCAUCGUGUUUCGAGUUGUCCCAAGAGGGAGUCAGCACCGAGGGUGUGUUACUAUUGCAAGGAGCCUGGGCAUAUCAAGCCCAUGUGUCCUAAGUUGCAGAGUAUGUCGGUGGCUUCAGUUCAGCCAGUAGCGGCUCAGCCAGUGAGUCAGAUCGCAGCAGUGCAGCCGUUGGGUCAGAUUGCACCGGCGCCGCGGGGCUUACUCUUCAGUGGAGACUGGCGGGACGAGUCAGACCGGGCAGAUCACAGUUUUGUGGAGGUUCUCAACGCAAUUGAAUGUGUAGGGACCUUGUUAGUGGGCGGUUUUGAGUCCCACGUUUUAUUCGACUCUGGAGCAUCGAAUUGCUUCAUUACACCGGAGCGUGCCGAGAAGAGUGGCAUCCGGAGUAGCGGGCGAGAGCGCGGGCAUGGUCAAGGUUUUCUAUCUAAAAAGUGGCUCUAUCGAGAACCGCGGCCAAGCCGUGCAAGCGGCCGGCCGAGAAACGAAUGUUCCGUGGUCGGCCAAAAUCAAAUCCGUCCGUCUAAAGUCUCGGCCAAAGUUCAACCACGGCCGAGUACGCAUCACGACCCGGGAAGCAAUGUCCCGCGGUCGGCCAAGCCACAACCACUCAAGCCAUGCCGCGCACGACCAUGCGCGCGAUCCGGGAAGCAACGCCUCGCGGCCGCGCGACCUAUCGCGUACCACGGCCGAUGGCGCCGUCCGAGCCGGGAAAGCCACGUCCCGCACGUCGAGAAACAUCGGCCAAUGCUUCAUCCGUCCGACCACAGCGCCGACCGUGAAUCGGCCACGACCGUCCGAUCGUUCCGACCACGACCACGACCCGAUAUCCGGCCGAUCGUCCCGACCGACCGUCCGAACGCCGCGGUCGACCCGAAGCCCGUUUUGAAGCCCGUUUCACGUAUUUUCACGGCCCGGCUUAACCCUAAGCCGCCUCUGAAGACCUAG